CCUAGGUGGUUGCCCCCUCCCUCUCCUGAGAUGUCAGGAAGGAGGGGGCCACCUGUGUCCUCCACAGGGGCCCCCCAAAGCCUGGGGCCUCCCAGCCCCAGAGCUCCGAGGUGGAGGAGGUGCUGACAGGUGCUCCGAGAGAUGCUCCCUCUCCCCUCAUGCUCCCUCCCCAUCCUCCUCCUUUUCCUCCUCCCCAGUGUGCCAACUAAGUCCCAACCCCCACCCUCAACGUUGCCCCCUUUUCUGGCCCCUGAGUGGGACCUUCUGUCCCCCCGAGUAGUCCUGUCUAGGGGUGCCCCUGCUGGGCCCCCUCUGCUCUUCCUGCUGGAGGCCGGGGCCUUUCGGGAGUCAGCAGGUGCCCCGGCCAACCGCAGCCGGCGUGGGGUGAGCGAAACCGCACCAGCGAGUCGUCGGGGUGAGCUGGCUGUGUGCGAUGCAGUCAGUGGCUGGGUGACAGACCGCCGGACCGCUGUGGACUUGCGUGGGCGCGAGGUGGAGGUGUUGGGCGAGGUGCCUGCAGCUGGCGGCAGUCCCCUCCGCCAGUACUUCUUUGAAACCCGCUGCAAGGCUGAUAACGCUGAGGAAGGUGGCCCGGGGGCAGGUGGAGGGGGCUGCCGGGGAGUGGACAGGAGGCACUGGGUAUCUGAGUGCAAGGCCAAGCAGUCCUAUGUGCGGGCAUUGACCGCUGAUGCCCAGGGCCGUGUGGGCUGGCGAUGGAUUCGAAUUGACACUGCCUGCGUCUGCACACUCCUCAGCCGGACUGGCCGGGCCUGAGACCCAUGCCCAGAAAAAUAACAGAACUGGAUGCUGAGAGACCUCAGGGAUGGCCCAGCUGAUCUAAGGACCCUAGUUUGGGAACUCAUCAAAUAAUCACAAAAUCACAAUUCUCUGAUUUUGAGCUCAAUCUCUGCAGGAUGGGUGAAACCACAUGGGGUUUUGGAGGUUGAAUAGGAGUUCUCCUGGGGGAACUUGAGGGUAAUAAUGAUGAUGAUAUAAUAA